AUGAUACAAGAUUCUGUCGAUGAUAGGAUGAAAAUGCCAACAACGAUGAAGACGAUGAGCCAAAAUCUCAGAAGCGUUUUUAUUUUUUUCUCGUCGUAUAUGUGUACUGUCAAUUACCCGUUUGACUUCAUUCAUUUAUUCAUUUCAACGCCAGCAUGUGCUGCCUUUAUUCAAGCAAUUGGCCUAUUUCGUGAGACAAAUAGUUCGACUAGUGACUUAUCAACAAAACCUCUUUCAUCAUCACAACUCAGUAUGGCUACAGCAACAAGUGACAAUCGCACAAAUGAAUCUUUACAGGAUCCUUCAGAUUCAUCAUUAGCUAACCGCCGUGGAACAGCUACAACUUUAUUUCCUGUCGAUUCACCAUCAUCCAGUUCGAGCACUGUAAGUUAUUCCACACGCUCAUCCAGUCCAUCACCAUUCGUCGAAAAGAAACAAGCGAUCGCUCGACGAGGUGCACUGCGACAAAAGAAUGUCUACACUGUUAAAAAUCAUCAAUUUAUCCCACGAUUCUUUAAAACACCAACAUUUUGUUCGCAUUGUCGAGAUUUUAUUUGGGGCUUCGGUAAACAAGGCUUUCAAUGUCAAAUCUGUUCGCUCGUUAUUCAUAAACGUUGUCAUGAGUUUAUCAGUUUUACAUGUCCUGGUGCUGAUAAAGGAGCGGAUUCAGAUGCUCCACGAAAUUAUCAUAAAUUUCUUGUUCACACCUAUACUUCACCGACAUUCUGUGAUCAUUGUGGAUCUCUACUUUAUGGACUUAUACAUCAAGGGCUUAAAUGUCAAUGCUGUGAUAUGAAUGUUCAUAAGAAAUGUCAAACAUUUGUACCAGAUUUAUGCGGUCUUGAUCAUACAGAACGCCGUGGUCGUAUACAUUUACGUUUGCAAUAUGAACGUGACAAUAAGUUGUUGAUUAACAUUAUUGAAGCCAGAAAUCUAAUUCCAAUGGAUCCAAAUGGCUUAAGUGAUCCAUAUGUUAAAAUUAAAUUUAUAGCAACAUCAUCUGACGGUAAUAAGAAACAGAGUACGGGUAAAUAUAAAACCAAAACUAUGCGUGCAACAUUAAAUCCUCAAUGGUCAGAAAAAUUCUCCAUUGAUUUGACUGAAGAAGAUAAGGACAAACGACUAUUGAUUGCCGUGUGGGAUUGGGAUCGAACAUCAAGAAAUGAUUUCAUGGGUUCAUUGUCAUUCGGUGUAUCGGAAUUGAUGAAAGGACCAGUAUAUGGCUGGUUUAAACUAUUAGCACAAGAAGAAGGGGAGUUCUAUUCAGUACCUGUUCCAAGUGACGAGACCUCAAAGAUUCCAAUCAAACCCACAGCUGCAGUUAAACCUGCUUCUGUUCGAGAAGUGAUUAAUCAUUCUGAUACGGCAUCUUCGGGAAGUCUUACUGCGAAUGACCCGAUUAUAUUACGUUCGAAUUCUCAAGUUCAAGCUGUUAAAGUGACAGAUUUCAAUUUCAUUAAAGUUCUAGGCAAAGGUUCUUUUGGCAAAGUUGUUUUGAGCGAGCGUAAAGGCGCGCCAGAUGAAUUAUAUGCGGUCAAGAUCUUGAAAAAGGAUAUUAUCGUACAAGAUGAUGAUGUUGAAUGUGUCAUGAUCGAGAAACGAGUAUUGAUGUUAAGUGAUAAACCGAAAUUUCUCGUACAACUCCAUUCAUGUUUUCAAACAGUUGAUCGUUUGUAUUUUGUCAUGGAAUUCGUUAAUGGUGGUGACCUAAUGUACCGUAUUCAACAUGAAGGAAAAUUCAAAGAGCCGGUGGCUUGUUUCUAUUCAGCCGAAAUUGCAGUUGGCCUGUUCUAUUUACACAAUAAAGGAAUCAUUUACAGAGAUCUUAAAUUGGAUAAUAUUCUGUUAGACAGCGAAGGACACAUCAAGAUAGCAGACUUUGGCAUGUGUAAAGAAGGCAUCAUUAAUGAUAGGAAAACGUCGACAUUUUGUGGAACACCAGAUUAUAUUGCCCCGGAGAUAAUCUUGUAUCAAAAGUAUGGUAAAAGUGUUGAUUGGUGGGCAUAUGGCGUUUUACUGUUCGAAAUGCUUGCUGGACAACCGCCAUUUGAUGGUGAAGAUGAAGAAGAGCUUUUCACAGCGAUUACAGAUCACAAUGUCUCCUAUCCCAAAUCCAUGUCAUUCGAAGCUGUAUCGAUUUGUAAAGGACUAAUGACGAAAAAUCCUCAGAAACGACUCGGAUGUCAUCCGAUUGAUGGUGAACGUGAAAUCAAAGAUCAUUCCUUUUUCCGACGUAUCGAUUGGCUACGAAUCGAAGCUCGGGAAUUACAACCGCCAUUCAAACCCAAAAUCAAAAAUGCUCGUCUAGCAGAAAAUUUCGAUAAGUGUUUCACCAACAAUCCAAUGAAAAUGACAUCAUGUGAUCCGCUUGUUCUCGCCUCAAUUAACGAAGAUACAUUUCAUAAUUUCUCUUGUUAUAAUCCACACUACAUGAUUGAUAACAAAUGUCUAUAA